AUGAUCCAUCACAUGAAACUCGAGAAAGGGGAAGACGCGAGAGACGAGGAGAAUAAACGAAGGAAGGAAAGAGGGGAAACUAAGAAUGAUGUGGUUGGAACCUUUUUGAGUGCUCGCGUGGAAACCUUUUUCUCCAACCUUGCUUUUCUCAUGGGAAACAAUGAAUGGGAAGAAGAUGAGGAUGAGGAUGACUUUCUAUACUACAACAACAACGAUGACUACCAAUAUAGUACCAAUGACUAUACUAGUGGUGGUGGUGGUGACAUGUUGUCGGAUGAUUCGUGGCGCAUGGAACAGAAGAUUGCCGCAUAUAGUCAUAGCCUCGAGGAUCCUUCCUGUCAUACCAGACCUUCCAGCAAUCAUUAUGAUGAUUUCAGACAUAUGAGUGCCAUGUUGGAUCAUGAACAAGAGGACGGUGAUACAGAAGAGGAAGAGGAUGAGCCGAGAGAUUCGUUUGUGUCCCUAGUAUUAUGA